GGUGGUCUGCAAGAAGGAGAAAAAGGUAGUUGUGACCAGGGAGGACACCCCGAGAGGCAGGCCUGGGAAGUCGUGGGCUGGACCUAAGGGCCACGCUUUGUCCUCCAUUCAGGCGCUCUCCUCCCCGCGCACGGGAAGCUUCCGGCGCGACCCCUCCUCCCGGGGGUGGGGCGGGGCCUGCCGCUCCGGCUCCCGCCUCCGGGGCUGCGCGCGGUGGCGGGGGUCGUGGUUACGUGAUCGCGGUGGUGGAGGGGCCCUGAUUUCCCGGCGGCGGAAGUUGACGCGGUCAGGAAUCAUGGCUUCGAAAGAAUUACCUCAGUGAUUUCGAACACCAUUUUAUGAGCCAUUUUCCAUAUGCCUUAAAAGAAAUAACCGAGCACAGAAGGAAAGAGACAAAUAAAAGUGCCUCAACUUUGGCGAAGGAUUCCAGUUGGAUAGAAACGAUAAGGAAAUUUGUGACAGAGACCCUUGAAGAUGGUUUUAGGCUAAAUAGUAAGCAGCUGAACAGAUUGCUUGGUGUAUCAUGGAGGUUAAUGCAGAUACAACCAAACAGAGUCGCUUCAAUCCUGAGGGCCUGGCUUGACCAAUGCGCAGAGGACUUCCGAGAACCCCCUCACUUCCCGUGCUUACAGAAGCUGCUGGAUUAUCUCAAACGGAUGAUGCCAGGCUCUGACCCAGAGCGAAGAGCACAAGACCACCUUGAGCAGUUUCAGAAGCAAGAAGUGGAAACUGACAGUGGGCUUCCCAACACCAUCUCCUUCAGCCUGGAAGAGGAGGAGGAGCUGGAGGGCAGAGGGUCAGCAGAAUUCGCGUGCUUCUCGGAGGACCUCGUGGCCGAGCAGCUGACCUGCAUGGACGCGGAAUCAUGGCUUCGAAAGAAUUACCUCAGUGAUUUCGAACACCAUUUUAUGAGCCAUUUUCCAUAUGCCUUAAAAGAAAUAACCGAGCACAGAAGGAAAGAGACAAAUAAAAGUGCCUCAACUUUGGCGAAGGAUUCCAGUUGGAUAGAAACGAUAAGGAAAUUUGUGACAGAGACCCUUGAAGAUGGUUUUAGGCUAAAUAGUAAGCAGCUGAACAGAUUGCUUGGUGUAUCAUGGAGGUUAAUGCAGAUACAACCAAACAGAGUCGCUUCAAUCCUGAGGGCCUGGCUUGACCAAUGCGCAGAGGACUUCCGAGAACCCCCUCACUUCCCGUGCUUACAGAAGCUGCUGGAUUAUCUCAAACGGAUGAUGCCAGGCUCUGACCCAGAGCGAAGAGCACAAGACCUUCUUGAGCAGUUUCAGAAGCAAGAAGUGGAAACUGACAGUGGGCUUCCCAACACCAUCUCCUUCAGCCUGGAAGAGGAGGAGGAGCUGGAGGGCAGAGGGUCAGCAGAAUUCGCGUGCUUCUCGGAGGACCUCGUGGCCGAGCGGCUGACCUGCAUGGACGCGGAAUGGAGAAUCCUGAAGAAUUUUUCCUCCUUGAGGGCCAUCGUUUCAGCACUGCAGUCUAAUUCCACCUAUCGGUUAAAAAAGGCUUGGGCUGCCGUCCCGAAGGACUGAAUGCUGAUGUUGGAAGAACUUUCAGAUAUUUUCUCAGACCAUAAUAACCAUUUGACCAGCCGGGAACUACUGAUGAAGGAAGGAACCUUAAAAUUUGCAAACCUGGACAGCAGCGUGAAAGAAAACCAGAAACGGACUCAGAGGCGGCUUCAGCUCCACAAGGAUAUGGGUGUGAUGCAGGGUACUGUGCCCUAACUGGGCACCUUCCUGACUGACCUGACCAUGCUUGACACUGCUCUUCAGGACUCCAUC